CUUUUCUUUGUUUAAUCAAACACAUUUUUUUUUUAAAAAUGGUCACAGAGGAAACAACUAACGUAAUCAAUCUUACUAAAGAUGGUCAAGUGACCAAAAGAAUAUUAAAAGAAGGUGUUGGAUUAAGCCCUGAAAAGAAUGACACUGUUACUGUUCAUUAUGAUGCCUACUUGUUUGAUAAAAAUAUUUUAUUUGAUUCUUCGCGUGAAAGAAGAGCUGAAUUCACUUUUUCUCUAAAUUCGGGUAAAGUAAUUCAAGCUUGGGAAAUUGCCAUUCCAACCAUGAAAGUGGGAGAAAUAGCUGAAGUUAUUUGUAGUAGUGAUUAUGGCUAUGGCGAUGAAGGUAGAACCUAUAUUGUACCUAAGAAAGCGAAAUUAAGAUAUGAAAUCGAGUUAAUUGGGCAUUGGGAGAGUGCAACAACUGCGGAAGAUCGCAUCGCUUCAGCAGAAAAGAAAAAAGCGGAGGGAAAUGAAUUGUUCAAGAAGGGUGCUUGGAAUGAAGCAUUAUUUGCGUAUAAAAAGGGAAGAGACUACAUUAAAGAUCUUUGGAAUUGUGAAUAUGAGCAACUAGAGCAAUGUCGUUAUUUGAUGGUUGCACUCCAUCUAAAUGUGGCUGCUUGUUAUUUGAAACUAAAAAAUUUUGAAUAUGCAAUUGAAGUUUGCAAGAAGGCUUUAGAUCGUGAUUCAAGUAAUUUAAAGGCUUAUUAUCGUAUAGGUCAAGCUUAUCUUCAAUUAGGUGAAUUUGAUGAAGGUUUAUCAUUCGUAAAUACUGGUUUAGAGAUGAGUCCAAUUAAUUCUGAUCUUUUAUCUUUGAAAUCGACAAUUGAAAAGAAGAAAAAAGAUUGGAUAAAUGAUUCAAAAAGAAUUUACAAAAAGAUGUGUAAUUAAAAGAAUAGACAUUUUCUUUUCUUUUUUUUUUUUUUACGUUUAUAAUAGAUAAAGUACAA